AUGCCGAAGCCGUGGAGGCCGGUGCUGGCGUCGGCCACCAAGUGCUGCGCGGCGGAGGACGCGGCGGUGGCCCCCGACGGGCUGGCGCGGUGCCGGCCGCAGCAGUCGGAGCUUUCGCGUCGGCUGGCGUCCUUCCGGCGGCUCUCGUCGCUGGCCAACAGCCCGGCGUCGUCGGCCACCACCACCACCAUGGCGGACAAGGACGGCAGCGUGAAGCAGCAGCAGGGCGGCGGGGAGAUGGCGGGCCCGCUGCAGCUGCACUCGUUCGGCCUCGGCGAGCUCCGCGGCGUGACGCACGACUUCUCCAGCAGCUUCCUGCUGGGCGAGGGCGGCUUCGGCGCCGUGUACAAGGGCUUCGUGGACGCCGGCAUGCGCCCCGGGAUCUCGGCGACGCUGCCGUGGGGCACCCGGCUGAAGCUCCUCACGGGCCGCCGCGCCAUGGAGCACGUCCGGGGCCGCACCGCGCACGCGGAGCAGCAGGUGAAGCUCGUCGACUGGACCCGCCCGUACCUCAACGGCGGCAGCCGCCGGCUGCGCUGCAUCAUGGACCAGCGGCUGGCGGGCCACUACUCCGUCAAGGGCGCGCGCGCCGUCGCGCAGCUCGCCGUGCAGUGCACGGCGCAGCAGCCGCGGGACCGGCCAAGGAUGGUCGCCGUCGUCGAGGCGCUCGAGAAGCUGCAGGGGCUCAAGGACAUGGCCGUCACCGUCGGGCUCUGGCCCGCCACCGCGCCCGUUGCUGGCAGGAACGCCAUCUCGGCGAAGAUCCGCGCCGAGGUCAAGGGCGCCGGCGCUGGGUCCCGGCGGAGGAGCGCGUCCUCCAAGCUGCCUUGA